AUGGUCGUUGGCUCGUUUGGUCCGCACUUGUGGUCUGCAUAUGCAAAAAGAGCGCCUCCCACCGACUUGCCGCUGGACCAGCCCGUCGAACUCCACGGCCCUGGGGAUAAGUUGACCUGUAUCGACGGAUGUUACGGAGUUGACUUUGCCCAUCCCCAUCCAUGCAUGGCAACAUUUGGUUUCCAGGAUGCGAGUGUUCUCUUCUUUGAUGCGAAGAGCCGUCAACCAGAGCCUGAUAUCGACAAUACGGCGCAGAUUCCGGAUAUGUAUAUCGGUCCCAUGGGCAAGCCCAUACUCCAUACUCUGUUGUCCGCACCCCUGAGAACUCCGUACUCUGUACGGAACUGGAUGACUAAUGGAGAUAACGUGACCUUGACUUUAUCACAUGACCAUGACUAA